UAAGGAUCACUUUGGGUUUUCAGAGGGGAGGAAGGUCACUGCAGGAAGAUAAAAAGAACAGAUGUUUAAUGAUUAGAAAUUUGCCCUGCCCUAUAGAUAGGUUUAAAAAAAAGUUAUCUCUGAUAAUCACUUAUUAAGGGCACGGCCCUUAAUUCAAAUUCUUCUAGAUAGUUAAGCUGGGUGGGGUGGGAGAUGGGUGGCGGGGGCAGAAGUUUCUCUUGAGCCCUCAGGGUUUUGGUUGCCUUUAGCUCAAAACAAUCCACAUACCACAUAGACACAUCUUGGGGUGACUCAUUCUGAACCCCUACACUCCUUUGUUCUGUUAGUAUGGAAUAUUACAUUGUUUGAUUUUCUUAUCUAAAUCAACCUUGCAUUCAUUCCUAGGAUAAAUCCCACUUGGUCCUUUUUACAUGUUGCUGAAUCCGAUUUGCUAGUAUUUCGUUUAGAAUGUCUGCAUCCAUAUUCAUAAGGGAUCUUGGUCUAUAGUGUUCUUUUGUUGUGAUGUCUUUGUUGGGUUUAGUGUCAGGGUAAUCCUGGCCUUGUAGAAUGAGUUGGGAAGUAUUUCCUCUCCCUUUUGUCUUCUCCCUAGUCCCCUCCUUUGGUACUUUAGCUUUACCACAUCUUCAUGGGGUUGCUCUGUGUAACCACCUUGCUCAGUGGAGUCCCAGCCAUAUCCCUAGAAGUUUACAAUUUACUGUGUCAUUCAUACUUGGCCUCGAAUAUCCACUGUAGGUGCCCAUGAAAGGGGGUGUGGUGAGAGCUCUUCUCUGGGUAGAUAAAAAGUCAAUACUCUGAAACACCUCAUACCUGCUCUCAGGUGGUCAUUGGCCAGGCCUUAGGGGAGCCCCUGUUACAAAAUUGCCCAAGCCUCUUGGUUUGAAAUGCAUUUUUCUAGGUUGCUGUGGAGGCAUUUCAGAACAAGGAACAUCUGUUCAGUUAUGUGUAAGCUACAGGGGUGGGGUAAGAGAGUUGUCAUCCCUGUAGGAAGCGGGAUUCCAUCUGAGAAUCUUCUCAAGACACCAUCAGGCAAACAUCAGGAGGAACGAAGGGGGCUGGCGAAGGCAGAGUGUUCCACGUGGCACCAUCUUGUCUGGGAGUCCACCAUCCUAUCACGCAAUCACCAUCCCACUGAACCAGACAGGCUGCAGGUGCCACUAAAAUCCUAUUCCACAAACCACCUACAACCUGAAAACAUGUAUGAAGUUCUGGGGGAAGAGGGUAUCUGUUUUGGUUUUGCUUUGCUUAAAUGGAUUGUCAUCAUUUUGCUGUGAGCAAGUUAACACUGUGUCACACCAACUUUUUCACUUUUAAAAAAGUGGGAAGAGCAGGACAAAGACUCUUCAGUCCCAGGACUAACUAAGCCUGAGAGGAGGUUGUGAUAGCCACGGGAUGGAACAUAGGGACUGCCCAUGGUGUGGGGAUAGACACAGAGCAGGUGCUCAGGACAUGGUAACUUUCACGGAUUAUCCAUGCGUAAAAAGCUACUGUUGGGGUUCCCCCAGGGUCCUCCAGGCCUGACAGGUACUCCCAGGGGUUGCCAUUGGUAUCUGAAGGGCCCCAGGCAUCCCCUGAGCUAGAGGGCUGUAAGUUGUCUGCAGGAGUCUGUUUGCCUCCUUUUAGGACGUAGUCUAUAGCUACAGUCUCAGCCGAGCCAAUAUGAGUUCUGCCAAACACUGAACAUGAGCUCACAGAACACUCCCAAAAGCCAUGCACUCCCCCGAACUCCACUGUAAGGGAGAGCUCAGGGAUUGCCCAGGGCCACUCCGCCAGGCCAUACCCUCAUCUUACCAGAAGUCUGCCUAAUGCCAGCAGCCCCCACACUCCUCAGUGGUGGCGGGGAGACUGGGUGGUGCCUGGCUGGGCGGAGUAUACGUGUUGGAGUGAGGGAUCAAGGAGGGUGUCUGCAGCAGUGGCAAGUGGGUGAGCUCCAGACCCCUCCAUACCUGGACCUUAACCUUACCUGCCUCCAAGGUCACCCAGGUGAGCUGGGCUAGUCAUCUACCUGGUGGUUUGGGCUUCCUCAUCUGUGAACUGUGCGGUGAUAGGGCUUUCCUAGAUUUGGUGAGCUCUGGUCUUCAUCUUACGUAGUAUGAGUAGGAUGGGCUCUCUGGGUGCAAGUGACAGCGAGGCGGGGUCAGCGAGGCAGGGUCCAGUGGUGGUGGCGCCCUGGGUUGGGGGCGGGCCCUGAGCUUGGGGCGGCACCAGCGCACGUUAGCGCCGGGCUGGCGCAGCGUGCAGAGCAGCGCCAGCAGCAGCGGCGACAGCAGGUGGGUCGCAGCGAGUCUUGCGGGGACGGACUCAGGCUCGAGAAAAGACGAAGGCUCAGAUCACAGAGUGGUUCCCAGCAGUACUCCUAGAGGCUGCCGUCUUCCUCAUGCCCAGGGCCACUUCCAAACAGGCCCAGGUCUGGCUCCACCAGGCUCCCUCUCCUGCUCUGGAGGCAGUUGAGGUCUCUGUGCUUCCCUGUGAUUUGCCCACCCUGAUGGCAUGCCCUAACGCCUGCCGCAUCUCAGCCCUCCAACAGGCCAGUGGUACCGAUGCUGGGGUGCCCAGGGUGGGGACAGAGCAAGGACUGAAGGCUGGUCAGGACUCAGCUGGGCAGCCUGUCCUUCUCCUCUGGCACUGGCAGGUGCCAGCCGCUGAUUUGGUGCUCCUUUCAGCUGCCCACCAUGGCCCCGGGGCUGCCCAGCACCACCAGCCUAGCGCGCCUCUGCCAGAAGUUGAACCGGCUAAAGCCACUGGAGGGGUCCUCCAUGGAGACCUCACUGCAACGCUGCCUGUCCACGCUGGACCUGACCCUGCUGGGCGUGGGUGGCAUGGUGGGCUCGGGACUCUAUGUGCUCACGGGCACUGUGGCUAAGCAGAUGGCCGGCCCUGCCGUGCUUGUGUCCUUUGGUGUGGCAGCUGUGGCCUCCCUGCUGGCUGCCCUAUGCUAUGCAGAGUUUGGGGCACGUGUGCCCCGCACAGGCUCUGCCUACUUGUUCACCUAUGUGUCCAUGGGUGAGCUUUGGGCCUUCCUCAUUGGCUGGAAUGUGCUUCUCGAGUACCUGAUUGGUGGCGCCGCCGUGGCCCGUGCCUGGAGUGGCUACCUGGACUCCAUGUUCAGCCAUCGCAUCCGCAACUUCACUGAGGUCCAUGUGGGUGUCUGGCAGGUACCCUUCCUGGCCCACUACCCAGACUUCCUGGCCACUGGCAUCAUCAUUUUGGCCUCUGCCUUGGUCUCCUGUGGAGCCCGCGUCUCCUCCUGGCUCAAUCAUGUCCUUUCUACCAUCAGCCUGGUCAUCAUUCUCUUCAUCAUCAUCAUGGGAUUUGUCCUGGCCCAGCCACACAACUGGAGCCCUGAGGAGGGUGGCUUUGCGCCCUUUGGCUUCUCUGGCAUCUUGGCUGGCACCGCCACCUGCUUCUUUGCCUUCGUGGGCUUUGAUGUCAUCGCUGCCUCCUGCGAGGAGGCCCGGAACCCGAAGCGAGCCGUGCCUAUAGCCAUCGCCAUCUCACUUGGCCUGGUGGCUAGCGCCUACAUCCUCGUCUCCACCGUGCUCACCCUCAUGGUGCCCUGGCACAGCCUGGAUCCUGACUCGGCCCUUGCCGAUGCCUUCUACCGGCGGGGCUACAGCUGGGCUGGUUUCAUCGUGGCAGCUGGUUCCAUCUGCGCCAUGAACACUGUCCUGCUCCUCAACCUCUUCUCUGGGCCACGAAUCAUCUACGCCAUGGCCAUCGAUGGGCUCUUCUUCCAGGCGUUUGCCUACGUGCACCACCGGACGCAGGUGCCCAUGGUGGGCAUCCUGGUGUUUGGGGUCCUCAUGGCUUUCAUGGCGCUGCUGUUGGACCUCGAGGCACUGGUUCAGUUCCUGUCCAUUGGCACACUGCUGGCCUACACCUUCGUGGCCACCAGCAUAAUCGUGCUACGCUUCCAGAAGGCCCCUCCGUCUAGUUCCCCAGACCCAGCCAGCCCUGGCCCUGAGGCCAAGGAGUACGACUCCUUCCAAGACCACAUCCAUCUGGUGGGCACUGAGCAGGCCGUGGCCCCUGAACCUGGGCAGUUGCGGCCAGCCCUGAGGCCCUACCUGGGCUUCCUGGGUGGGUGCAACCCUGGAGCCACUGUGGCUUGGGCACUCGGUGUCAUGCUGGCUUCGGCCAUCACCCUGGGCUGUGUGCUGGUCUUUGGGAACACGGCCCUGCACCUCCCGAACUGGGGCUACCUCCUGCUGCUCCUGCUUAGCACUACUGUAUUUGCGCUCAGUCUUCUUGUCCUGGGGGCCCACCAGCAACAGCGCCGGCAGGAUACCUUCCAGGUCCCCUUGGUGCCCCUGACUCCAGCCCUGAGCAUCCUACUCAAUAUCUGUCUCAUGCUAAACCUGAGCUACCUGACCUGGCUGCGCUUCUCCAUCUGGCUACUGAUCGGACUCGUGGUGUAUUUCGGCUAUGGCAUCUGGCACAGCAAGGAGAACCAGCAGGAGCUGCAGUGGCCAGCCACCACACGUUAUGUCGUGUUCCCCGAUGGCAGCCUGGAGGAGACGGUGCAGGCCGUGCAGCCCCCCGGCCAGGCACUGGUCCAGGAGCCCAGCCGCACGGAGCAGCUCACCAGUCCAUGAGGACAGCUGGGGGUCUGCCCACCCUCCCCUACCUCCUCAGGAGGCCGAAGGGGCUAGGAGCCCCCUCGGUCUGGGGCAGCUCAUGUUUGUAGGCCUG